UACAAGCUCUAUGAACGCAGUAGAAAAACGCUAAUAAACAUAUACACAUACACUCAUUCAUACUGACCCAUCUACAUAUAUACGACACAUACACAUACACAUAUCUACAUAACAGUCAGUGUAGUAAAAUCAGUGAAAGAGUGAGAGAAGGCAGUAUUAUAUGUGCUGCAUACCUUAAAUCUGGCACAUUAAGCUCUCAAAACAAAACUUUAAUCGUUAAUAUCUCGAUUCGCGGGGCAGAGCGACAUUUUUUUCUGCCAGAUUCUUUCGUUUCGUGCAAAACCGUGUCGAAUGAGCCUAAACAUCGAUUUUAGAGCUUUGUUUGUAAUUGUUAUUGUUAUCAGUACACUAGCAGCGUGUUAUCAAGAUAUGUUAUCAAGUAGACAGCAAAAUGAUAUCAAAACUUUAUCUACAGCUUGUAACAAUUUUAUGAUUUCAUUAUACAAGAAUUUAUCAACCAACAUUGAUAACAUUGGCAACAUUGUAAUUUCUCCUUUGAGUUUACAUAUGACAUUAUCUUUACUGUCCAAUGGUGCUGGAGACCAUACACUGAAUGAAAUAAAAUCUGUUCUUCAUCAUGAUGACAUAAUUUCUUUAAAUAAUGGAUUUAAUAUUCUGGCUCUCUUGUUAAAUAUUUUUUAAACCAUUAUUUAUAUGGUUAUAAGAGCGAGGACGAAAACGACCCAUAGGGACCCUAAGAGCAAAAAGUCGACUUUAUCGAAACUUGACUUGGCCUGAAGUCGACUUUUUUAAGGACGAAAGUCGACUUUUAGUCGGCAAAUGACCCAAAAAACGUCGACUAAAAGUCGACUUCCCGUCAUAACGAAAAGUUGACUUUCCGUCAACUUUAAACGUCAGAUUUCAGUCACUUUCUAUGCAGGGAAUCUAUUCUGGGUGCGUUCCACUUAAAGCUCGCAACGACCGUGGAAUCAUUUCAUCCUUGUUGGUUAUCAAAUAUUAAACAAGGAUAAGCAACGCUCAUGAGCGUUGCGGGCGUUAAGUGGAACGCACCCUCUGUACUGCCUACCGACAAUUCUCGGUGUCGUUGCACAGAUAUUUUAUAUGGCAAAAAGCCUGCACAACAACGCCGAUAGUUGUCAGUAGCCGGUACAGAAUAGGGUCUCAGAUCGAAAACACGGAAAUUAUGGAUGGAAGUAUAUUUUUAAGGUUAUGAGUAGAUGUUUAACUCGUUUUGUCAAAUAAGGAAAAGUUUUCGGGAUAAUUCCCAAAACAUGAAAGAAAUAAACGUAAUUUGCUGCUUUAUUAUCGUGAUUCUGAACCUCCUGUUUCAAACAAAUCAUUAUGGUGGUGAUAUUCUUAUUCCUAAGUCAUCUGCGAUUUAUGAUAACUCAAUAAAUAAUUUGGCAGAUGUUUCGUUUUUCGAUGCAUUAGUAACUACGCCGAUCUUCUUUUCUUAUCGGCCCAAGCACGAAAUUUUUUAUGUCUAAUGAAUGACGCAGAAUGAGCAAUAGCACUGAUAACACACAGGAUAUAUGCGCUUCCCGAACGCAGCCCUAGUCGUGACUUUUCCUCAACUUCUAGAAGUCGACAUUUAGUUGACUUACUGUCAACUUCUAGAAGUCGACAUUUAGUCGACUUCCUGUCAACUGUGCUCUUAGGGGAGGGAUAAAAGGUGCCAAAAAACACGGGAGGGAUUAAGGGUUAAAAAUUAUUUAUUUGUGUUUGUUUAUGCGAAGAUGAAUUUUUUGUAAAUGAAACCAAUUGGUCUCGUAAGCUUAAUUCUUAAGCAUUAAUUUCGUUUUUUUGCGACUCUACGAUUUUUUUACUAAAUGCUAUUUUUAAAUUCGAAGGCUUAUAUCUCGGCAAUUAAUCAUCAUACAGUAACAAAAAAGCAAA